UUUUUCUUGUAAUGUGAUUACUUUUUUCUUGUAAUAUGAUUACCUUUUUUUAUCUUCUGACUUUAUUCUCGUAACAUUAUGGCUUUUUUAAUAUUAUGACUUAAUAUGACUUAUAUUAUGAUUAUUUUUUUUUUUUUCAAUUUGGUCCUAAUAAAAAAAAUAAUAAUGUAAUUUUGAAUAUCCAUAAAUGGAGAUGUCACAAGCCUGACACUGAGCAAAAGAAGAAGAAGAAAACAGUUAGUAAAGUUACUAAAGAGUUAUUAAAGCAUUGAUCGUAUUGGUUGUGUUAGUGGCUAACUACUGCAUAAAUACUGCAAGUGUGUAUGACAAAACAAGGGUGUGUUUGGUGUAGUACUUCAUAGCCUAUUGUCGUGUAGAGGACAAAGGAUACUUUAAGAGUAACCUGAGAGCAUUUAGGUCCAGUGGGUUAUCUUUAUGUGGAGACAAUAUAAAGAUAGACUGUCUGUGAUUCAUAAAUGAAGCUUUCAAACUCAUAACUCUUUUAAUGUGGUGUGUACUGUAAAAGAGUUUGUUUCCAAUAUCAAGUUAACCCUUAGUGCUCACACGGCACCGAUCUGUGCUACUGGCACACCCUCGGUAAAUUGCAGUGGGAAUAAUACACAAGUCCUGAUAUGGACAUCCUGGGGUGUGUGUGUUUAUAGGUCACAUCUCUCAGGCUUUACAAAAUGUGUUUUUCCGUGUUGUUGUGUGUUGUUGAGUCAAAGUUCUGAUUCAUUUUAUACUGCCAAGCGAACUUUGAAAUGUGACGUAUUUCCAAAUUUCACAAAUUCAAUCUGAUUUUAAAAGAUUUGGGUACUUUUUGCUCAGGUGUGUUUAUCACAGUUGGUGAACAUGUCAAACAAAAGAGCAUGUAAGACACACUAUAUUGCACAUUCUAUAUAGUCGUAUUCUUAUCUGUAUAUAUUUUUAAACAUAGUAAUGGAAAAAGCUAAACCUAAAUGCUCUGUGUUCUAAGGGUUAAAUAAAUCUCAUCACUUCUGUAUGAAGUAAUUGUUUCAAAUGAAGGUGUGUGCAAAUGAAACAUUUAAUAUUACUCCAGAUCAUGAAAUUUAUAGAAAUGAACGUCGAACCGUGAAAGCUGUUUUCCAUUUCAAACUGCCGAGGCAAAAUUUAGGCAAAACUAAAAUGCGCGCAAAAUCUUCCCACUCAAGAGCAAGCAAACAAGGUUUCAUACACAAGGCCAAAUGGCAUAAUAUCCCAAGAUCCGAGCACAAAACCAAAAAAAACCAGAGAAUACCUUUGCUUUGUCAUCUAGUGGGUCAGUUUCACUGUUGCAGUGUGAGAUGAUCUCAACACACAACAAGACGAAAAGAUAAUUUAAACAAAAGAUUUGGACACGGAUACAGUUACCCAUAUAAAAGGCAACAGCAUAAUGCGGUCCUCGCCAGUUGAAGAUCAUCUAAAGAUUGCUGUGUUUGGACUUCACAGGUGAAAAAAUAUGGGUUCCUUGUCAACAUGUGUGUUGCUGUUGCUUUUGGCUGUCUCAACACCGGUGUUCUCACGGACAGACAGGAUCAUCGGUGGUGAAAUUGUUGAGCCGAACACCAUCAAAUAUCAGGUUUCUUUGAGGACUGAGAAUGGGGUACACUUCUGUGGAGGAGCCCUGAUACGAGCUCAGUGGGUACUUUCUGUUGCCCACUGUGAAAGACGGAACAUGCAAGUGGUGUUAGGCGAACACGACCUGUACAGUGUGGGACCUGCAGAACAGACCUUCACCAUCACAGAGAUUUUUCUAAAUAAUUUUAACCCUUCUACAUUUCAAAACGAUAUCAUGCUCUUAAAGUUAAACAGGAAGGCGGUGUUGAAUGCCUAUGUACAGCCAGUUGCACUACCUAAUGGCAACCCUAUGCCACUUUAUAAUACUGAGUGCACAGUCAGUGGCUGGGGUGUCACUCACUUAUACUCUUACACACUCUCUCAAUUUCUACGUGCUGCUAAAGUGGAAGUGGUUCAGUGCCCUUUCGUCUACGUCUACUACGGCUGGACCAACUCAAAAAAUCUGUGUGCAGGAUUCACAGAUUCUCCCAAAGAUUCCUGCCGGGGUGAUUCCGGUGGCCCCCUUGUCUGCGACGGCUAUUUGGAGGGCAUUGUCUCCUGGGGUAUCGGCUGUGGAAUCAGAAGAUUCCCUGGUGUUUACACCAACAUAGAGAGCUUUAUGAAAUGGAUAAGUGCUAUCAUUGAUGAUUAGCCGUUUGCUUUGCAUAGACCUUGAAUAAGAAAAAUGCCAACUUUACAGUU